AUCCUCGUCCUGCCUGUGGCACGGUUUUCAGUUGCCCAUCGACGCACAACCAGCCUAUGCUUGAGUCUAGGCCGGAUCAUCCGACUCAGCUACAAUUAUACGUGUCUGUGACUCUGUGACUUGAGUGCUAGCAGCAAUGUCGAGCUCAAACGCUUCCAAGAGACCGAGGUUGUCUCUUCAAAUUCAAACAGGAACCGCACCUCGGGCUAGGACAAGGAGCACAUUGAGACCAGACACUGAUCCGAAGUCUCCGACUGCCUUCAACACCCUUUCCAAUGUCUAUGUCACGGCUAUUGAGAGGUCAACACCGGCACAAUCGACGCCACUGACGGCUAUCAACCUUUUUCAAACCCUCAAGCUUCAAACCAACCCUGAAGUUCUCAAGGACCAACAAAGAACACAUACACCCUAUACUGCAUUAUAUCCUGAUACACCUCUGUCUGCUAAUCCGAGAUCACCUAUGCAAAUGGAGAUCCAAUACCCGAGCACCAUGACCGCAACGCCGCCGUUAUCAGCUGGACCAGUGGAACCUUCGAGCGCAAGAGUGUUCUCCUUUGUUACCAAUGAGAUGCCGAGUCAAGUGGUGCCAGCAUCUCCGGUACAAAGCCGCAGAAGAAUGCCCGCGGGACCGGCUCCAAAGCCGCCUUACACUCACCCACGCUCCCUCCAUAGUAUUCUGAGAAACUCGCCACUACCGCCUUCCAGUGCGAUGUCUCCGGUCUCUCCGAGGAGGCAAUCCUUGCGGCUACAGGAGAAAGCGGCCCGGCGUGUGGGAUAUGAGAGUCCUCUCACCCAGACUAUCAUCAAUGAGAGAUACACCAAAUCUCAUGUGGACUUACUUGCUGAGGAAGUCACUCCCAAUUCGGCCACGCCGGCCGUUGAAGACUCUGAGAUGGCACUGGACCUUACCAUGGCGUAUACUGGCGAUGAAACACGUGAUGGUGGACAGACUCCAGGGCCGUUUGAAGAAAUGAGAAGGCGUAUGGCCGGCCUGGCAUCUGAGACUCCGAUCUCAUCCCCACGUCCCGGUGGCAUCAGAAAGAAGAGAAAGGAGAAGAAACGCAAGUGGGUCUGGACCAUUGGCCAAGAGGAAAAUGAAGACGAGAGUGGUGCAUUGGCGGCGUUUCGAGCUACAGCAGAAGCAUCAACACCACGCAUCGCCAUACCUUUCAAGGCCACUACACCCGAACCCCUGACAGCACUUCACGUCAGUGUCGAGCCGACGGAACCUCAUGCAGACACACAGAUGGAUGUCGAGAUGUCAGAUACAAGCAGUAUGUUUUCCAGCAGUCGAGCAACCACACCUUUCAGUGUCGAUUUGGACAUGAAGACUCCUACCGCCUCCGCAGCCUAUGCAGCAGUUGCCAAAGCAGGAAGGUUGGGAUCUAUGGAUCUAAUUAAUCCAGACACCGGAAGCAGAAGAGACACUCCCAUUCCGCCAGACUUGGUUAUGAAUAACUGAACAGAUUGUUUUCACGCACAUAAAUUGGAACUUUGGUCGAUUUUCUUUUGUCGACAUUCAUGCAAGAGAUUGGGCAUUCAUUGUGUGACUUACAUGCAUACCGCAAGGCAAAAGGAGCAUUGGCGUCGGCGUCUUGGGUUAUACCAUUUCGUUUAUACGAACUGUACUAUUAAUUAGUUAAGGUUUUGAUGAUGAUGAUGACAAUGAAACGAACAAAAUUUAACCGCACUUCUCUAGAA